UAUUUUAAUGUAACCUGUGCUCCUCCGGCAAUGGACGGGAAAACUGUGAAGGCAAUACUGUUCGACUUGGACAACACACUCAUUGAGACAAGUCGGGCAGGUGGAGUGGCGAUACAGAAGACCAGUGAACUUCUGAAGACCACACUGGGCAUCGAUGACAACACCAUCAGCAGUAUUUGUGACAAGUUCAAGCAGAAGCUUCUACAGGAGAGUUUUGACCCAGCAUCAGGCAGAUCCAUAGAUGAUGUUCGAGUGGGUCACUGGGAGGAGAGCAUCCAGGAGACCGUGGGCAGUAGUUCCCCUGUCUCUCUAGCAGCUCAAUGCUACUACCUGUGGAAAAACAGUCGCCUGGAACUUCUCAGUCUGUCCCCUCCAGUAGGCAACCUCCUGAAACAACUGCGCAGCAGAUACAAGCUGCUAUUGCUGACCAACGGGGAAACUCAGACCCAGAGAGAGAAGGUGGAGGCUGUCAGAUGUGAGGAGUUCUUUGAUGCCAUCGUGAUUGGGGGAGAACAUGCAGAGCAGAAACCAUUCCUCUCCAUCUUCACAUUGUGUUUCAGCAUGCUGGGGGUAGAGGCCCAGGACUGCGUUAUGGUUGGAGACUCUCUGGACACAGAUAUUCAGGGGGGCUUUAAUGCCAGAGUACGAGCUACAGUUUGGAUCAGCAGUGCAGGUGGUGCUGUGCCAGAUGGUUCAGUGAAACCAGACUACACCGUCCCCACUGUGUUAGACCUGCCACAUGUUCUGGCACAACUGGAAUAAGGACAACUCGUGACUAGAGCUGAACAAUAUGCAAAAAUAUAAUAUAUAAUCAUAUUGAGAUUAUUUUUGACAGGUAUUGUAAUUAUGAUAUGAGUCGCUUUGUCAUCACUUUUGCAUUUGAUUUUCAUGAAAGCGUUUUAAAAAGAUGAUGUGAUUUUAGUUGCGGCUCGUACCAA